AAUACUAAAGAAAGACUCCUCACAUUAAGCUUGGCUAAUAAAAACCCCAAACAAUGCUGUUUGGAAACGAUGGAGCAACUCAAUAAGAUUAGGGUUAGGGUUUGAUCGAUCAAAGCCUCCUUUUCUCCUUCUAUCCCUCUCCCUUCCGUUUCUCAUGGCCCGGCAGGUUAACUUCUUUGCACUAUUGGGAGAUGGAGAGGGUGACGAGGACGUUUCGGCCCUACUGGAGCGCGUCGCUGCCGUGAAGGCGGAGACUCCGCCGGCGGAGAAGAAGAAGAAGAAAGAGAAGCAGCAGCAACAAGAGCAGCCCGUGAAGAAGGAAGAGUCGGAAUGGGGUAUUGACGACGCCGAUUUGACCAAAGCAAAGCCUCUUGUGCUGCCCGACUAUGUUACAAAAAGAGAUAUUAUAGUUAAAAAACGGCAGCCAGAGUGGCAGGAGCAGGGCCAGGGUCGGGGUUCUGGAAGGUCUGGGCCAGGUGGGAAUGGUUAUGGACGGAGUUUUGGAGGAGCUGAUGGCUAUCAGCACAAUAAUGGAGGACGGAAUGAUUAUCAGCGGAAUAAUAGAGGGUCGGAUGGCUAUCGGCGCAAUAAUGGAGGGGGAAAUAAUGAGAAUACUGAAGGGGAAAAUGACUUCCAGAGGAAUGAUGGAGCUGAUGCUGGAAAUGCAGAUGGGGGUGAUUGGCAGGAGCAGGGGCAGGGGCAGGGACAUCGGCGUGGUGGUGGAGGGAGAGGGAGAGGGAGAGGGAGAGGCCGUGGUAGAGGAAGGGGAUUCAAUCAAAGUAAUGAGUUUGGAAGUGAGAGCCAGGAUGUUGCGAGCAAUUAUCAAAUUGAGAAGCAGGGACCUGAAGGCAAUGAUGAUGGUAGUUGGGAGCAGAAUGAGGGUAAAAUGCAAGGAAGUGAGGCUCAAUAUGAUGAGAGGCCAAGAAAUGUGAAUCGGGGCUUUGGUGGUGACAGGAGAGGGUAUGGUGGGGGAAAUCGUGGUUUCAGGGGCCAAGAGGGCCGCUCUUAUGAUAGAAAAAAUGGAAUGGAUAAUAGAAGGGGUGAACAAUCAAAUGAUUCUGAAGUGAAGGAAAACAUUAGUGGUGAUAUGGGGAAUGCAGUGAAAGUUGAUAACUACAGUGGUGGAGCUGAGUGGGAUGUUCCUGUGACUACUGAAGGACCUACUGAUGCAGUGCAUGAACAGGAAAAGCUUGAAGCUCAAGAUAAUUCUGAAAAGAAGGCCAAAAAUACUGAUGAGGAUGAUGAGAAAGAAAUGACACUGGAAGAAUAUGAGAAGGUGCUCUUUGAAAAGAGGAAGGCUUUGGAAGCAUUAAGAACGACUGAGGAAAGAAAGGUCACACUUGAUAAGGAUCUGGAGUCUAUGCAACUUGUUGAGAGAAAGAAAGAUGACAGCCUUUUCAUCCAGCUGAAGUCUGAGAAGGAGAAGCUUAAGAAGAAAGGUAGCCUUGAAAAGGAUGACAAAGUUCGGAAGUCGAUGAACAUCAAUGAAUUCCUGAAACCAGCUGAAGGCGAACAGCCUGUUGCUGCUCGUGGACAUGGUGGUCGAGGUCGUGGGCGUGGGCGUGGGGGCCGCGGUGAGUCUAGGGGAGAAUUUCUGGGCCGGCGACGUCAGGCGGAGGCUGAUCCUGCACCUAGCUUUGAGGAUCCUAACCAAUUUCCUGUUCUGGGAGGAGCAGUUAAAGUCUGAAGUUCGUUGUUCUUUGGACUGUUUUCUUUCUUUCUGUUUGAUAUCAUCCGAUGUUUAUUGGACUAGCUCCUAUUCUAGCUGCUAAUUGGGCCAAAUUUUGAAGAAGUCUAUUGAGGUUUUGGCGGUUGCCAUUCCUUUCUUUUCUUAUAUCAAUAGAAUCUACUUGGGGAGGAUGAUCAUUUUAUCGCGUCUUUGCUUCAAGGGAUUUAGUGGAAUUUUUUUUAUUUGCACUAUAUAUUUCGGUUUUGGGUUCUUGUGAUGGUUAUAUUAUUGAUUUUGGUCAAAUAAUUGAAUUUUGUUUGUAUGAGUUUCUAUUUUA